GAUGCACUACCAGGGGCGAUGUCGACCACGGUGGCCCACACCUCCUGCAAAGUCGUAUCAUUUGUAUUGACGUUUGUCCCCAAGCAGCUUUGCGUACAGCGGCUCGUUCGACUUUGUGAGGACGCCAAAUCUUGAGUUGCCUAACUCCAUUUCUUCCUUACUGCGCUAGGAUGAACAUAUUCCUCAUAUGCGUCUUCAUCACUUCAGUUUGUGCUUCGUGCGUUCGCCCACCAUCGCCAUCGCAUCCAAACAUCGUGAUUCUGAUGGUUGACGACUUAGGGUUUGGAGACAUUGCCUCCUACGGUCAUCCGACCCAAGAAUACACAGCUAUAGAUCGAAUGGCCCAUGAGGGAACAAGAUUCACACAAGCAUACUCUGCCGAUAGUAUGUGCAGCCCAAGCAGAGCUGGAUUCAUGACCGGUCGAUUACCGAUUCGACUUGGGGUCACUGGUGGACGACGAGUAUUCAUGCCCUACGAUAUAGGGGGCUUACCAAAGCACGAAACAACCAUGGCCGAGAUGCUCAAGGAAGCAGGCUACGCCACCGGUAUGAUCGGAAAAUGGCAUUUGGGCAUAAACGAGCACAAUCGAACCGAUGGCGCUCAUCUUCCAUCCCGACGAGGUUUUGAUUUCGUCGGACUUAACUUACCGUUUACGAACGCAUGGCAGUGUGAUACCACUAAGGAAUAUUAUCCGAGUGGGCCUGACCCGUCGAUGUGUUUCCUAUACGAUGGCGACGACAUCGUGCAACAACCGAUGCGUUUCGAGUGGAUGACCGAGAAUCUUGUGCAUGAUUGGAGAAGAUUCUUGCGUACAAGAAUGCAGACGGAUCAAGAUAAGAAGCCAUUUUUCUUUUACUUUUCUUUCCCCCAAGUCCACAGCACUCAGUUUGCAAGUCCAGCUUUUCUUGGCACAUCCGUUAGAGGUAUUUAUGGAGACUCCAUCAACGAGAUGUCAUGGGCAGUAAGUGAAGUUCUGGACAGCAUCGUGAACGCUGGCAUCGCAGAGAACACACUCGUAAUCUUGAUGUCUGACCACGGUCCCCAUGCUGAGCUGUGCCUGAAUGGUGGCUCAACUGCUGGCCUGAAAGGCGGUAAGUCGAACUCCUACGAAGGCGGAUUUCGAAUCCCAUUAAUCGCUUGGCAGCCGGGUACUGUAAAAGCUGGGCGUGUCUCAAAUGAAGUUAUCUCUAGUAUGGACCUCUACCGUACCUUCAGAGACAUGCAGGACUGCCAUUUCAGGUCAAAACCGCAGCUACCACUGGAUGGUACGAACAUCUUAGAUGAGCUUCGUGGAGUCAGCGAUGAAAGGCCUGGAUAUCUUGGCAGAAGAAGGCCAAUCAUCUACUACUGCAAUACAAAGCUGAUGGCAAUAAGGAUCGGAAAUAUCAAGAUACACUACAAAACGUCGCCAAUAUUCUACAAUGAUUCAGUUGACCCAAAUUUGUCUUACUUCUGUCCCAACGGCAAACCACGGGCAGACUGGUAUGUUUCGCAAGUAUGCCCAGAUGAGCAUCUGAGAGUACACAACCCUCCACUUGUGUACGAUGUGAUCAAAGAUCCUUAUGAACGAUAUGCUCUUGAAGAAAACGAUUUUGUGCUCCAGAUGAGAGCUCUAGCUGCUGAAGUUCUACGUGAACACAGGGAAACGCUUGUGCCAGUAACGAGCCAGCUGGGUCAUUUUGACAAAUCGCUCACUCCUUGCUGUGAUCCACCUGCAUGCAAGUGUGACAAGAUAACUGAUCGACAAUUAGAGAAAGAAGAGCACCAGCCAGAGGAACAAUCAUCUGCACUUCGAUUUCUGGAACGUUUCGCCUAGGAAGGAGUGAUCAUCGCCAAUUUUCUUGAUCAACAAACUAAGCAGGAUUUGAAAUUCCUGGAUAGUACACAUUGAGUAGAUUCGUAAAAUUCUGCAGGAAAUUGCUCGACGCAGAGCAACAUUAUUUAGUGGUGCAUUCCUGAUUUUUUUUACUCUAAAUGCACCAUCUUUUGGCCUUCGACGACCUUCUAUCUGAGUCGCUAUCAGUAAUCAAAAGGUUCAGUAGCAAUCGCGUUAUCUCUGCAAAUAAGCGGAACAUAAGUUCAGAGGUUGAUCUGAUAAAUCAAUUUUUUUUUGUUUCCAUUAAGACAUAGUCUAUAGAGUCAUCAUUGACCCACAGUGGUGGAAAAUCGCAAGAAUCUCUGGAUUAUUGCAAAACGUUGAGUUGCAAGUUCGAGACCCUCUGCUUCAAAAGAAUUCCUAAUUGUCACGAUCCCCCAAACAUUGGUAAAAUAGCUUGGCAUCGUUGUGGGUCAAUAAGACUGUAUGGGGUGUACGCUUGCGCAGUCACCUUCUUCUCGCUAUUAUAUGGACACUAUCUGUUUCAAUUCGCUUUAUCGCUUGCAGUUAUUGAGCUUCCUCUUGCGCAGUAGUUGUAGAAUAUUUUAUUGCUUUACAUUAGUUGUAGUGGAGUUCUAUAGUCACCAUUGUAAUUUGAUGGCAAUAUCGUUGUUGCUGACCUUUCCACAGCUUUCUAGUUUGUACACUCAUCUUAUGAAUUAUUAUGACGAUACUAUGGUGACUGCUUCUUCUAGAUGUGAAUACAUACACAGAUCUCAUAGAGUUUGUCCUUUUCACGUUGAGGGCAACCAGCUUCGUGGGUCUCAUUAUGUUGAUUUUUUUUGUCUAUCGAGCUUCUUUUGUACUGCAUCAUUGCUAAUUUUUGGUGCGUAUCCAGACUAACAACAGACUUACCAUACUCAUGUGUGGUUGUUUCCAGUGUUCCUUCCAGUUGUUGUAUCUGUUGUAAACACCGAUC